UGUUUUGUAGUACGCUAUCAUUAGUAGAGCUGUGCCAAUCGCGAUGAUAAGAAUGUCUAUUUUAUUGUUUUUUUUGUUGUCUUUGGGAUUAUCUGUUUCGUCUCAAAAUCGUGACGAUUUAUUUGACAUAACAAUUUUGCACAUGAACGACUUUCACGCACGAUUUGAAGAAACGAAUGAUGAAGGAGGGAGCUGCAAGAGUGAACAGUGCAUAGGUGGUUUUUCUAGAGUCUACGACGUUGUGACGGAAGCUUUAUCCGAGUAUCCCGAUUCCAUUCUUUUAAAUGGAGGAGAUAAUUUCCAAGGAACUCUAUGGUACAACAUUUUUAAAUGGAACGUGACUCAGUACUUUCUUAAUAAAUUACCAUUUGAUGCAAUUGUCUUAGGAAACCACGAAUUUGAUGACGGUAUUCACGGAGUUGUACCUUUUAUAAAAAACUUAAAAGCUCCUGUUAUCGUAUCAAAUAUCGACGACAGUUUAGAACCCGACAUUCAGAACAUAUAUAAAAAAAGUGUGGUAGUGGAAAGGCAGGGUAAAAAGAUUGGAAUCAUAGGGGUCAUAAUCAAAACUGCUGACGAAAUUUCGAACACCGAAAAACUGAAAUUUUACGACGAAUCCGAAUCUGUUAAUGCAGAAGCUGAGAGACUAGUAAACGAAGAAAAUGUCUUCACAAAUAUCGUUUUAUCUCAUUCUGGGUAUGACACCGAACAAGAAAUCGCCAAGAAAGCUACAGCUGCCUCUAAAAUUGGUUUAGUUGUUGGUGCACAUUCUCAUACUUUUCUGUAUACAGGAGAACCUGCACCCGGUCCGGCAACACCGGCUGGUCCUUAUCCAACCAUCAUACAAAGAGACGAUGAUGGCAAAACAGUGUUAGUCGUUCAAGCAUCGUGUUACUCCAGAUAUCUCGGAAACAUUACUAUUAGUUAUGACAGCAGUGGCGACUGUGUUGAAUGGUCUGGAGAGCCUAUAUUUUUGGAUACAGAUACACCACAAGAUGACACGAUCAAUCAAGAACUGCAGCCCUGGAAGGAUGAGGUAGACGCAGUAGGAAAUCGAGUAAUAGGCAGUACUUUAGUUACCUUAGACGAAAGCAUGUGUAGAUAUUCAGAAUGUUUAUUAGGAAAUUUUGUUGCCGAUGUUAUGGUUUAUAGUUAUAUUGAACUUGCAGAUAACUCCUCUUGGACAUACGCCGCUCUCGCUGUUUAUAACACUGGUGGGCUGCGAACUACGAUUGAAAAAGGAGAUAUUACCUACAACGACAUGAUCACGGCACAACCUUUUGGUAACACCUGGGAUGUUGGAGAAAUCGAGGGACAAUACAUCAAAGAAAUGUUCGAGUUUAUGAUGACUCCAUACAGUUAUGGGAGAGCUUAUGCUGAUGUAAAUUUAUUACAGAUUUCAGGUUUCAAGAUAGUUGCGAAUCUAACUCAACCGAUGGGAUCUCGUGUGCAAUCCGUUAAAGUUCGAUGCAAUGAGUGUAAACUUCCGGUUUAUGAAGAUUUAGACGUAAACAAAACGUAUCGAUUAAUAGUGCCGUCUUUUUUGGAAGAUGGUGGUGAUGGCUUCGUUAUCAUAAGGGAUAAUUUGAAAAACAUACAACCUGGUCGUCUUGAUAUUGAUGUUUUCGUUGAGUAUCUUCAACUUAAGUCUCCGGUUUACGAAGAAAUAGAGGGAAGAAUAGAGUUUGUAGGGGAAACACAAGUGUUUUACAGGAACAUAAACGGCUAAUUGUACUGUUAUAUGUUGAUUAAAUUAAAUAAAUAAUGUGAAACGCG